AUGAACGACGACGAUCAACACCACACUUAUCAAAACUAUCCCCAGUACGAUGGAGGAUACCACCACCUCAUGUAUGAGCCGGACUUUGGCAUGCCACCUUACCACGACGUCCCCUCCUCGGCAACCCACCACCAAGAAGGGAUACCAGGAAGUCACAACCACGACUUUUCUCAGUACGUUGAUCCACAGUUGAUGAAUGCGUCCUUCCCUGUUGGUGGGAGUGCUCUAAAUGACUUUAACGAAUUCAACAACCUUGACAGCUGGGGCCAAAUUGUACCUGCAUGGCAGCUGGAGACAGCUGAUGAUGGGCAAGGUGCACACAUGGACGGGCCUAGUAGUGUGACUAAGUCUUCUGCAAUGGUACAAGGCUUGUCGACGUCUGCUGGUAGCAUACACAGCAACAUAGUAGUGUCAGAAGGGAAAACUCAUCAAACAUCGCCAGAGGAAGAAGAAGGCUGCGACGAUGACACGGAAGACGAAGAUUGGAGUGCAAGAGAGAACGAGCUUGACAGCAGAUUGAAAAAGUCUCAGGUCAAACGUGAGAUCCUUCCUCUCAUACAAUCUGAGUCAUGA